AUGCCUACUGAAAAAGAAAAUGAUGAAAAUGAUGAUAAAUCAGAGUCAAAAAUUCAAAAACUUGUUCAAAAAGGACGAUUAAUUUCUACCAUUCUUAUCAGAACUAUUAGAUUGGGAAUUUGCGUCAUUAAGAAAUAUAUGCUAUGUUCUGAUAAGUUAGAAUAUUGUAAUGAAAGAUCAGAAGAUGAUUUCUCUAAAUGCCUAGCAGGUGCUGGUUUAGUUGGAGGCAUUAAUAGAGAAGAAUUGCGAUCUAUUGCUGAAGAUACUUUGGUGGCAGCAUGUGAAAAACUUCAAAGUGAUGAUCAAGACAUAUUAGAAAGCUAUAUACGCAAAGCUUCACAGGCUAGUGGAGAAAUUAUCUUUAAUGGAGAAUUGAAAGAUAAAAAACAUGUUACUAUUCAAGAGGAUAAUUAUGAUAGUAGCUCACAACAGAUAGAACAUGCUAUAUUAAUUGCCAUAAUUGAAAAGAUUUUAACAAUACUAGAAAAAUAUAAUAUCAAAUUAAAUGUUGGUGUUGAUGGAGACCUUUCUACAAAUAAAACUUUGGCUUUGUUAAAUGUAGUCAACCAAAUAUUUGCAGACUUGAAACAUAAAGCAAAAAUUGUGCAAUCAAAGAUAGCAUCAGAUCGUAAUUGGAAACAUCUUGAACAACCAAUUAUGAAAUAUUACACAAGAUGUGUUUAUGCAGCUUCUGUUAGAGCUAAUAAUUCAGAAAUUUUAACUCCAACCAACAAGGAAUUAGUAUAG